UGAAUAUUAAUGUUUUCAUGUAUCACCAUGUGGAUUCAGUAUGGAGCUCAGUUCUAUGCCAUUCAAUUAAACAUCAUCAAUAGUGAAUAUAAGCAAUUAGACCUUGCCUUUACUUCUCACCUGAACCAUUCACGUGACAUGAUGUCAUCGAUACAGAUGCUGGUAAACAGUUCCGGGCAGCUUCGUGGUGUAUUCACAUCUUAUUCCUGUUCUCGUUGGUGCCUCGGUUGACAUGCCAUCCACCAGCCAGCAGGCGAUAAAUGCGACUCUUAGCCAAUAUCUUACCUCCCCCGGCAAGAACUGCUCGUUGUAACCUCCGGCAACAGGCAAGACGCUACCUCUCUCUAAGCACUGCCAUGGCCCCGAGAAAAGACUCAAUCCCCCACGAGACACGCACAGCCGCCGAGCCCCGGCAAAACAAGCUAUACCCUGUGCGCUUGGUGCAUGUCGAGCAAGCCAACCCUACUAUCCGUCUCCUCCGGCUGGCGUUGCCGGCGGAAUCGUCGUCCGAUGACGAAGCUACCGACUCUCAACCUCAAGAGCCCUUCUCCUUCCUCCCAGGACAAUGGCUCGAUGUGCACGUGCCCGGCAUCCAACAAGCAGGCGGCUUCACCAUAACCUCAACCCCUGCCGACGCCCAACAACUGCCUACCCCUGAUCCAACCGUAGUCCAAGACGGAACAGACCAAUUAGCAGAUCAGCAUGGCGAAAUCGGCGUUCCUACGAUGGUUUCCAGAGGGAGAUAUCCCUACGUGGAGCUCGCCGUGCAAAACUCCCCGUCCAACCCGCCUGCCGCAUGGCUGUGGAGACCAAAAGGGGAGAUAUUGGGUAGGGAGGUGAAUGUGAGGGUUGGUGGGAGCUUUGUGUGGCCACCUGCCGCUUCAGUGAUACGUGAAAGGGACAUCAGGGAAGUCCUGUUUGUCGCUGGCGGGGUAGGCAUUAACCCCUUGAUAUCGAUCCUCUCGCAUAUCACCGAGCCACAUGAAACUACGACGGCUCCUUCUAUUCCACCUCUACAUGACCAACCCCGUCAUGAGCCAUUGAGCAUUCAUUUCCUUUACACAACCCGCGUCCCUCAAGCUACCACCAUGUCGUCCAAAGAUAUCACCUACGAAUCUCUCGACGAAAUUCUAUUCCUAUCACGCCUGCGUCAAAUAGUGCAACGAGUUAGUAGCCACAAGACCAAGCAACCAUCAUCUAAUCUGAAACUCAACCUCGAUCUCUAUCUAACCAACGUCCCUGCAUCUGCAGCCGCCGAGGCUGAAGGAUUCCUCCGGGGUCCGUCAAAACUCAAUUCUAACAAUACCAGUUACAACAAUGAUCAUAUACGGGUGCGAAAUCGUCGUAUUAAUAAACAGGAUCUGUACGAGGCGGCAAGCAGACAGCCUGACAGGACUGUUUCUUACGUGUGUGGACCACCGCCGAUGACAGACGAGUUUGUUGGGUAUUUGAAUACGCUUCUGGAUUCGCAAAGGGUGUUGUGUGAGAAAUGGUGGUAGUCAUAGUAAUAGGUUUCUCUAAAAUAU